AUGGGAUACACCAAUUCUGCCACAAAGCUCAAGUGGUGGAGUACCUAUAGUACACCAAAGCGGCAAGCACAACCUUGGAGGAGCACCGACGGUUUCGAGGAGGGCGACUGCAGUAAUCAGCUGACGCAGACGCGACGCAUAGUCGACGAUCGACAG